AUGGGUAAAGCUAAAAAGACAAGAAAGUUUGCUGCUGUGAAAAGAACAUUAAACACAAAAAAAGACCAACGUCUAACUCAAAACAAUGCCAACAACAACAACACUAACAAAAAGAAGGGUGGUGGUAGUGGUGGUGUUGUUGAUGAUCCAGAAUUAACUCGAUCGGUCCCACAAGUAUCAUCAGCAUUAUUUUUCAAAUAUAAUGAAUCUAUAAAACCACCAUAUCAAGUAUUAAUCGAUACAAAUUUUAUAAAUUUUUCUAUUCAAAAAAAAAUCGAUAUAAUUCGAGGAUUAAUGGAUUGUUUAAUGGCAAAAUGUAUUCCCAUAAUAACUGAUUGUGUUAUUGCCGAAUUAGAAAAAUUGGGAUCAAAAUAUCGAAUUGCUUUAAAAUUAGCUAAAGAUCCAAGAAUUCAACGAUUGAAAUGUAGUCAUGUUGGAACUUAUGCUGAUGAUUGUUUAGUUAAUCGAGUUAUACAACAUAAAUGUUAUAUUGUUGCUACUAAUGAUGCUGAUUUGAAAAGAAGAAUAAGAAAAAUUCCCGGGAUUCCUAUAAUGAGUGUUGGUGGUCAUUCUUAUGUUAUUGAAAGAUUACCUGAUGUUUUUUAA